UCAAAGAUGUGGUCACUCCUCUUAUUGAGUGCUUUAUUAGGGGUGUUGAGGUCACAGGAGAUGCCUUCCAGAGGAGCUCAGCAGCUCCAGGCUCUUCACUGUCCGCCCUGUGAGCGCAUACACUGCUCCUCCCGGCGGGCACUGAAGCUCCAGUGUAAAGGUGGAAUCACAACGGGGGUUUGUGGCUGCUGCCCAGUGUGUGCUAGAGCUGAGGGGGAGACCUGUGGAGGAACGUGGGAGUACCUGGGCAAGUGUGAUGAGGGGCUGGUGUGUGUUAACCAGGACUCAGCGGGUGACAAAGCAGACACAGAGCGCAAAGGAAUCUGUAAAGCAGUGAUUGAAUCCUUGGAUCCAGAGGUUUGUCACCCAGAGUGCACCAAGGAUUACUGUCAGGCCAACCCCUCUGAAAUCUGCUCUGCCAGGUUCGUGUCUCUAGGGAAAACAGAGUGCCAGGGCUCCUGCCAACACACCUCCUGUUCGAGCUGUCUGCUUCUGAAGCCCCCGUCAUGCCCUCAGACCUGCACGCCGUCAGAUUCUGCCUGCCUACAGCGCUUUGGAAAGUGUGUGCACAAUCACCUGACGGCCAAUCAUCAUCCUGUGUGUCACAACAACCUGCAGAGUCACUCUGAGGGGCACUUUCUGUGUUUGGUCCCCGCCUGUUCAAACUCGCAGCAGUAGCUCCACCAUGUCAAAUAGAAGAAACUAGCUCAUGUAGCAAAAUGUAAAAAGGCAGCUAUCUAUAAACUCUGAGUCUUCUUUAUCCAAAAAUCACAUGUUGA